CCGAGGUUCCAAGGCCACCAUUCUCUUGAUCUUCAUCUCUUUCAUAGCUUUUUGCGCCUUUGUAAUCGUUCCCGUUUUCGCUCCACUUCCUUCUAUUCAAUCUCGCCAUCACGCUCAUCAUUCUCAUCCCAAAAAAGUUUUCUUCCCAAAUUGAUAGGAGAACUAAGGAUGUUGAUUUUUGCAAUAUCCCUUGUUGAAUUAGUGAUAUUGGUGUUCGGGUCGACCUGGUAUUGUCCACUCUGUGUGUGAGAAUCCUGACGGCUUUGUCGUUUAGAAAAGACGCCCAGUUGGAUUGAGAUAUAUGAUUGGGAUUCCCAAGUAAUGUCCGUAGGAAGUUUGAGAUUGCAGAUGAUAUGUUUUGGAAAAAUGGUGAACCUUUUCGGAUCAUCGGCGGUGACUUGCAUUAUUUUCGAGUGCAUCCGGAGUAUUGGGAAGAUAGACUGCUAAAAGCCAAGGCAUUGGGCUUGAACACAAUUCAGACGUAUGUUCCUUGGAAUUUGCACGAACCAACACCAGAAAAGCUUGUUUUUGAGGGUUUUGCAAAUAUUGAAUCGUUCCUAAACCUUUGUCACAAACUCGAUCUUCUUGUGAUGCUUCGACCUGGACCAUAUAUAUGUGCAGAGUGGGACUGGGGUGGUUUCCCAAGUUGGUUAUCUUCCAUGAACCCAUCACCCAAACUAAGAUCAUCUGAUCCUGCUUUUCUUAAACUGGUUGAAAGAUGGUGGGGCAAGCUGCUUCCAAAAUUUGUUCCUCUCCUAUAUGACAAUGGAGGCCCUAUAAUAAUGGUUCAGGUUGAAAAUGAAUAUGGUUCGUAUGGAGAUGACAAAGCAUAUCUUCAACACCUGGUCACACUAGCUAGAAGUCAUCUUGGGCAUAAUGCUAUUUUAUACACUACCGAUGGAGGGUCCAGAGAAAAUCUUGAGAAAGGAACUAUUCGUGGAGAUACUGUCUUUUCAGCUGUUGACUUCACUACCGGUGAUGAUCCUUGGCCCAUAUUCAAGUUACAGAAGGAGUUCAAUGCCCCAGGAAAAUCGCCACCUUUGUCGACCGAAUUUUACACUGGGUGGCUUACACAUUGGGGAGAGAAAAAUGCCAAGACUGGUGCUGAUUCCACAGCAGUUGCUCUUGAAGAAAUUUUGAGAAAAAAUGGUUCUGCAGUCCUAUAUAUGGCACAUGGUGGUUCAAACUUCGGAUUUUAUAAUGGAGCAAAUACUGGUGCAGACGAAGCUGACUACAAGCCUGACCUCACUUCAUACGAUUAUGAUGCCCCAAUCACGGAAGCUGGUGAUGUUGACAAUUCAAAAUUCAAUGCAAUUCGGAGGGUUAUAGCCCGAUAUAGCUCUGUACCUCUUCCAUCUAUUCCUUCUGAUAAUGAAAAGGCAACAUAUGGACCAAUCCACUUACAAAGACAAUAUUCUUUAUUUGAUUUCACCAAUUCUUCCAAUGCUUUUGCAUCAAAAAAUCCGAUGUCAAUGGAGAAUGUAGGCCAGUUUUUUGGUUUUUUAUUGUAUGUCGCUGAAUACGAAGCACGGAGAGGGGGAAGAAUUUUGUCCAUACCAAAGGUGCAUGACAGAGCACAAGUAUUUAUCUCAUGUUCUUCUGAAGGAAGGGGUGCAAAACCAACUUAUGUUGGUACUGUGGAAAGAUGGUUGAAUAAAAAACUCAGCCUCCCUGAAUUCCAAUGUCAUUCUAACAUCAACUUAUAUAUUUUGGUUGAAAAUAUGGGUCGUGUAAAUUAUGGGCCUUUCAUUUUCGAUAGGAAGGGCAUUCUGUCAUCUGUUUAUCUGGAUGGGAAUAGAGUACUGGGAUGGAAAAUGUUCCCUAUUCCUUUGCACAAUCUAAAUGAAGUGCCGAAUUAUAAUCCCAUCACACAGGCUACAUAUUCUGUAUUCAGUGAAAUAUCAACCUCGAGGAAAAGGUUGAUGAACAAGUCUGAAAAUACAUCAAAAGAACCUGCUUUUUAUUCAGGACACUUCUUCAUCGAUCAAUCAAGUCAGAUCAAGGAUACAUUUUUGUCAUUCAACAAUUGGGGAAAAGGUGUUGUGUUUGUCAAUGACUUCAAUCUUGGAAGAUAUUGGCCGUUGAAAGGACCACAGUGCACUCUCUACGUUCCUGCUCCAGUCCUUAAGCAUGGAGAUAAUUUUUUGGUAAUACUCGAAUUGGAAUCUCCGGACCCCAAACUUGUGGUGCACACGGUUGAUGAGCCAGACUUCACAUGCGGCUUUAAUGGGAUGAACAUCCAUCGGAUGUAAUACCAUGUCAGAAAAUAUGCUUGACCUUUGAAAACAUAUGGAGAGAGGUUGAAGGUUUAGAGUUUAUCUGCAUGGCUAUUGUUAAAAACCCUCUUAUAGCCAUUGUUGUUAUGCUUGUAAGACAACAUGUGAAGCAAAACUUCAUGACAGGUUGAUUCAAUAGUUUUUUUUACCAGGCUUAUCAAAGAGUUGUGGUUUGUAUGUAAUAACAUUAAUAUAUAGUAAUCGAUAACUUUUUAAUAUGGUGUGUUACCUAUAUUUUGUGUAUCUGGAAAUUUGUAUUUUCAUGGUGACCCUCUGGUAUGUUUAACGCCAUGCUUUGGAGCUUUGAAUUGAUGUGCAUUUGAUUGCAAGAGAAAGCAGAUCCAAACAUUUUGUAAGUAAUUUAUCACACUCUAAUAAAUGUGGUUUAAACAGAGGACCUAGCAUGAGCUCUCUCUUUCUUUUCCUGCAAUGGUUCAUUCUCUUCAAACAAUGAUUCUUGUGUCACAACCAUUGAACAUGCUUAAUUCGUAGGCUAGUUAAUGAAUAUGCAAUUGAAUUUCUGGUGGAUUAAGUGCAUGUUUGGUUCUAUGUUGAGAAACACUGGACACGUUUAUAUAUGGUCAAACACGGUUCCAAUACAUUGCAAAGACGAUCUCAUUUUAGAAAGCUUUAAUAUUUUGAAAUGACCCUUAAUUUUGUCCCUAUGUUUUUAGAAUGACCUUUUUUGUUUUCUUUCAAAAAAUAGCAAAUUGAUCUUUAGUAAUUUUUUAAAUUCUAUAAAUUGGCCCUUUGAAAUUUUUAAGUUACCAAAUUGAUCUUUAAUUUUAAA